AUGUGUAUUAUUCUUUCCCUUGUCUUCAUUGGGACCAUAUCAUGCGUAUUCAGUGGCGCCGAUGCGGGUGAUCCGCCUUUCAAAAAGACGUUGGACAGUGUUGCUCCAGGUAUUGUCCUGAUCGGGGACAACGUCGAUGUAGACGUUGAUGAACCCUCAAUCACGAUUCGGUGGUCUAUCAUGGCAUGUGGCCAGGGCAAUGUGCUCCCAGGUUCAGAGGGUUCACACGGUAGCAAUAACUGCGGGCUUCCCAAUGAGCUUGUAUACAUAUACGUCGAUGGGUCGAUAUACAGAGAUCCCCAGCCGACAGCGACGUACAACCCUGCUGAGAUACCAUUCAACAAAGAUACCGGUUUACGGAGAAACAUACAAAACCUUGUGCAAUUCGAUAGUGACCACGUCCUCGACGUGAGCAAAGCCCGGCUCUAUCCAUUUGAUAAAUACUACCUCUCAAGCACCCUGCAUGCCGUAUCGGGUACUACCAACCAAACUUUGACUAUAAGCAAACUCGCUACAUUGGCGCUGACAGCAAACUUUGACAUCCACUCGACAGAUGUGGAGAGCUAUUCGGACUUGGCUGAUGGCACGAGACUUCCGACGAGGGAUCUGGACAUGUACAUCAAUCGCCCGACGGAUGCCCGUGGAAUCGCACUCCUGCUGUUCAUCGUCUCAUGGAUCUUAACACACGUCUGUAUCGGUCAUGUUAUCCUCGCCCGCAGGCUGCAUACUGCCAAACCUGUGCUCAAGCAUCUCGUCUCUGUGGGCGCGAUGCUCGUGGCACUCCCACAACUGAGGAACAGCAUGCCCGACGCGCCGGGCUUGGAUGGAUUUUUGAUUGAUACAAUCGGGUUCUUCCCUCAAAUGGUCAUUGUGGGGAUGUGCAUAAUUAUUUUACUGCUUAUCGUCGUCUCGAGGGAGAUGCAUGCCAAGACGCGGGAGAUAUCUGCCCCCCCACCCCGCCCGAUGACUGUGUUCAAAGGGGACGUACCGCCGCCACCCAAGGUGCCGACGACAUCGAUGGAGAUGGCUCCUUAUGAGAUGUACAGGCUGAUGAAGCACUUGAAAGGACAAUAUGUCUUUCCCCCGGUUGCGCCUCCUACUCCUCCUGCACCGAAGAAAAGCAUGAACAAGCAUUGGAGGUAUAUGACCACAAUGGGGCCGAUAUCAGAAUGUUGA